AUGGAGGAGAAACAGAGUCAUGUUUUCUCCAAUGUGAUCCGAUGUUUUGGUGAGCCCCGUAAAUCCCUCCAGAAGAGGCUGGUCCAGGUCGUGAGGCGGGAUAGCAGUGAACAGUACUGGGCAGGCAGCGCUGUUUUUGGGGUAAAGUCGGAGAUGUUCGGAUCGGUGUCUCCCUCUGCGCUGUCUGUCAGGCGCAUGGGCGUAAACAACAAGGGGGCGGACGGGGACAGACCCACCACGAGUUUCACGUUUGAGACCCCCAGAGUUUGA